CAGGGAAGGACUCCCCUGCACCUGGCUGCUGAGAAUGGCCACCAUGAAACUGUAUCAGUUUUACUGGCAGCUGGUGCAAAUGUGAACAUACGGGACAGGGAGGGAAGGACUCCCCUUCACCGGGCAGCUGAGAAUGGCCGCCAUGACACUGUAUCAGCUUUACUGGCAGCUGGUGCAGAUGUGAACACACGGGACGGGAAGGGAAUGACUCCCCUGCACCUGGCAGCCCAGAAUGAUCACCAAGAAACUGUAUCAGCUUUACUGGCAGCUGGUGCAGAUGUGAAUGUAUGGGACAAUUAUAGGGGAAGCAUCAUGUUUUUCCCUAGGCCUGCAGAAUUUAUUAAAACCCCCCUGCGACUAGCAGCUGAGAAUCGCCACCUAGAAACUGUAUCAGUUUUACUGAAAGCUGGUGCAGAUGUGAACACAUUAAGUGCCAGUGAGAAAAACAGUCUCCUGCAUCAGGCAUCCCGGAGUGGCUACAAAGAAACUGUUGAUGCUUUACUGGCAGCUGGUGCAGAUCGGAGUGCACCAGGGUUCUUGUAUGCAGCAGGCUUGAGUGGUCACCGUGAAACUGUAAGUCAGUUAAAUAGCAGCUGCAGCAUUUUGUACGGUCAGUUGUAAAACCAGACACAACAUUUUUUUCCUUGGUCUAAUUGAAUACUGUCAAUAACAAAUAUUAGUGUGCUUCAUCAAUCUCAUAGCUGGAAUCUGUAGGGGCAGUUUGACAGGCCACAGAUAGUGUUCACAUUCCAAAAAUUGAAUCAAUGUCAUAAAUUUUGAAACAAUUUGACUGUUAAAAUAGUUCAAUUUUUAAAAUGUAAACAUGGUCUAAAGGAACUUUGGUGAUGUGUUUUACAGUCUAUGACUCCCCUACACCUGGCAGCCCUGAAUGGUCAUCAUGAAACUGUAUCAGCUUUACUGGCAGCUGGUGCAGAUGUGAAUGCAAAGGACAGACAGGUAGGCUAGGUAGACUUACUUUCAGGUGUGUCCCCCUUACCAUUAUAUGUGUUUAACUUUAAAAGCCUACGUAGUCUAUAGAUAGGGUUAAAUAAAAAAAUUACACUGACAGUUUUGUAAUGCUAUUAGAUUGUCCUUCCUAAAUGUGACAGCUCUAAUUUUAUUUACCAAAGAGCAACCCCUUGUCUUCUUCGACACUGAGACAUACAUAUAUAAAUAAGUUAGUUGUUAAUGGAUAUGCAAUGUUGGUGUUUGUUGUAUACUAUUGUCAGGUGAUAUGCAGAAAAGAAUGAUGGAAUCGUCAAGUUAAGCCCUUACUUACUUACUUAGGUCCAAAGAGUUGACGGAGCAGGACCAAGUGGGAUCAGGAUGGAUUCGAGGACAACAGAGUUUGAGCAGAUGUUGGACACCAUUUUCAGCCGGCUGGACAAAACAGAUGUAAGGCUGCUUAUGCGGGUUUGGUCUGCACGUACGGGGAAACAGGAAAGUCCAGGGUCUGGGGUGCCAGCUGACUUGAUUAAGGACAUGAAGAAUGAAUACAUUCCAACAGGUGACCUUAGAAUGCUGGAAAAGGACAUGACGGCAGCUGGGAUCAGCUUUCCCUCUGUUGUGCGAGACCUUUCAGAUGUGCCAGAAGAUUUGAAGUACACAAAGACAACAGAGGCUGCAGUAGGACCCACAGGCGGAGAGUUGGAGAUUCCUGGUUUUGUCAAACUUGUUGUACCACCAGGAGUCCUUCAGCAAGACACAAUGAUAACCAUCUCGACCGUAGAUGUUGCAGCUAUCCUCAGGGAUUCUGAGAGUUUUAACUGGACCUCUGGCUACCCCUGGUCCCUGGGUGAGGAUGUUUGCCCACGUGAGCUACUGGAACAGGUACUGUUCUCCCCAGCCGUCGAUGUCAACCUACACGGUGCUGAGUUAAAUGGAGACUUGGAAGUGCAGACGUGGCGGCCUUCGGGUUCGGAAGGCAUGGAGUGUCUUCUGCUGAAGCAUCAUGAUGGAGAAGGCUGGACAGACAUCACUGCCUCAACAGUUUGCCGCAUGUAUCCGGACAAGAUAUCAAUUUCGUUGCGAUCCUUCAGUCCUGUGGCUUAUGUGUGGGCUCCUGUGGAAGCGGUAAUCUCGGUAGGAAAGAUGAUUGUUAAUGCACUGUCGUCAAGAACUCUGGAUUGUCGGUUUGCUGCAUACAUCAAGCCCAUGGCAAAUGAUGUGCAUUUCCACGUCGUCUGUAGAGACCAGAGUGUAGAGACAGAUGACUACCUCCCAGGCUUCACCAAGUGUGGAAGCAAUUUAGCAAUGUUUGAUCUUUUCCAUGGGGAUGUGCUUGAAGUUGCUGUUAGUGUCCGUGGAGGCCAGAGCGAAUCCAAGCCAUUGGAACUACGAUCCAAUCCGUGUCAUAACAAAUAUGGCCAGAACAUUCAAAUGCUCCUGGAUAGACCUAAUGGAGACUGCGUCAAAGGCGAGGUGGAUGUAAAAAAAAAGCCAUCAUUUCGGACUGUGUGUCAGUUCAUUUUCCAAGAGGAAGAUGAUAUCACACCAAGCAAAGGUGGCAAGACAAAAGGCCACUCUAAGAAAAGGUCACAGGCUAGCCCACCAUUGCCAAAGAAGAAGAGGAAAGAAUUAAAAAUGCAUCAAAGAGAUGAGGAAGCAGGACCAAGUGCAGUCAGGGCAGACACUACAGGGGCUGUUGACAUGGAAGAAUCAUUUGAGAAAGUUAUUGAGGCAACGAGCCACAAGUGGGACGACCUGGCCCGGAAGCUAGGCUUCAGUGAGAACCAGAUAGAUGGAAUCCACAACUCCAAAAUAGACCAGGACCACAGAUGUAGGGAAAUGCUGCGCAGGUGGAGAGACAGGGAGGGAAGGGGAGCUACUCUACAGGUUCUGAAGCAGGCACUUAUCAACAUUGGUAAACGGUGGACAGCAGAGGGCUUGUAAGAACUCAGUGGUGACCUGUUUUAAACCUUCUCUACCCAGAAGCAAGUCAUCUACCAUUUGCUGCCAUGCAAGUAGAUGUGGGGUGCUGCAUGGGCUGCGAACAGGCUAGACUGUAGGUUAAUGGUACAUGGUUUUCAGCAUUUUAUUACUUACUUACUCACUUUACUUUAAUUGAGCUCCCAUGAGCAAUUUUAUCUAGCCUGUAAAUGCAACAGAAUGUCAUUUAGUUGAUAUAUAUUGCAAUUUCUAUAUCAUUUGAGAUUUCUACAGCAAAUUUUGGACAAUUCAUGGUUCAUUGUACAUAUCAUUUAUUAAUUGAUUCUAAAUCAUUUGAGAUUAUAUUUUUGCAGCAAAUUUUGGACUAUUCAUGGUACAAUGUACAUGUACAAAAGAAGAUCAUUUUAUACUUAUGAGAAAUGUUUUGAAUGUGUUUAAUUUAGAUACAUAUCAUGAUAUGUAAAUGCAUUGAAUGGAUAUGAACUGUACAUAGCACACAUUACUUCAGAAUGUAAAUCUUUUGAGUAAAUUUUGUAAUAUUGUAAGAUAUUUUACAUUCUUUUGUACAAAUUGAUGAAAUGAAUAUUUUCCUAAUUUUCAGCAUCAUAUACAUGUAG